GUGUCGCCGCCGCCGCCAUGCCCAAGUACUACGAGGAUAAGGAGGAGGACGGGCGGGCCUGCGGGGGGGUGCGGGAGGACCUGCGGCAGUGCCUGCUGGAGAGCCCCUGCGUCCUGCAGGAAAACAAAACCCCUAAACAAUGUUUGAGGGAAGGGCACUGUAGGAGUUUGCAAAUGACAUUUUUUGCGUGCAAAAGAUCAAUGUUGGAUACCAGGGCAAGAUUCAGAGGAAGGAAGGGAUACUGAAGUCCUCGUGAAGAGACCCAGCCAUGGGAAAUCAGGGUUCAUCAGCACUUUAAGCAAAACAGAGACUAAAGAAAGAAGAUUGUAUCUGCUGCAUCCUUUCAUGCAGUAUUUUCGUGGAAGGUAUCUACUCUUGAGUGUUCCGAUAGAUUGACCUGGAUGUGCAUUUAAAUGUUAAAAAGAAGGCAAGCAUAAAACUGCAAGUUCUGGCCAAAAUGGGUACUUGCUUGCAAAAUGUCAUGUGCUUGCAAUAAAAUAUGUGAAAUCCGGAACAGGCUGCAGAAGUU